UUCUACUUUUUUACAUUACAUCCAACAAUGCCGGUCAAGUCGAUGCAAGCAGAAGAGCUGUUUGUUCGUGAAGGCGAGGACUUCGUCUUUCAGAGCGGCACGAGCAACGGUGGGUUCCGCACCACGGUCUACAGGCAUUGCGAGAACAAAAUGCGCGUGGUGCUGUGCCGCGUGCCAGGCCCACUGUGCUCAAUGAACAUUUAUGUGCCGACAAUUGCCAAGGACAACAAGGGCCUACCGCACACGCUGGAGCACCUUGUGUUCUGCGGCUCCUUGCGGCACCCGCAUCGCGGCUACCUGGACGCACUGGCCAACUGCAGUUUCUCGAUCGGUACCAACGCGUGGACGGCAGAGGACCAUACGUGCUAUACGCUUACGACAGCAGGCGAGGAGGCGGUUGCCAAUGUUCUGCCGGUGUUCCUCGACCAUGUUCUGCACCCGCUGCUGACCGACAGCCAGUUUAUCACCGAAGUGUACCACUUUGACGCGACAGGCAAGGAGCAGGGCGUGGUGUUCAGCGAGAUGGUCGCGCGCGAGAACAGCGAGGAGGAUCUGAUGGAUCUGAGUCUUCGCCGGCUGAUGUUUGCCGAUGAUUCAACCUACAGCUUUGAAACCGGCGGCCUGACCAAGGAUAUUGCAAUGCUGACAAACAAAGAGAUCACCGAGUACCACCGCAGAUUCUACGAUGCCAAUAACGCUACGGUGGUUCUGAUCGGCUCAUUCAGCGACACCUUCGAGAAUGUGAUCCAGAACCUGCCCGCUGACCUUGUGGCCAGUCAGGGCUGCGACUCGCGCGAGCCCAUGAACUGCUCCAUGCCUACCUCGGAAAAGCGGUUCGAGUAUGUGAAGUUCCCUUCGGCAGAGGCAGACUUUGGCUCGUUUGCAUUUGGCUGGCGUGGUCCCCUCUCCGAGAAUGUGGAGACUGUGACGGCGAUCGAGAUCCUGAUGGCAUAUCUGGCUGAUAACGCGUCAAGCCCGCUCGCCCAGCGGUUUGUUGAGCGCCCAGCGCCGCUGGCCGGGUACCUGUAUGCCGAUGUGCGGAUGACGCUGCCGAGCUCCAUCACCCUGACGUUUUCCAGUGUUCCUUACUCCGAUCCGAAUAACCCCAAUGUGGAUUCCCAUGACGACGACCACGACGACAGCUACGACGAUGACGACCAUGGGCACGAUGACGAAGAGAGCGAAGAGGAGGACUACCAUGAUCCAGAUAUCCCUAUGUUGUUCGCUGAGGGGCACUUUGAGCGCCUGCUUAUUGAGGAGCUCCAACGGAUCCACGACUCGCAGUUCGACGGUAACCGGGCUGCAAUGGCUGAAGCAACCAAGCGAUUCCGUCAGAAGCUCGCUGCCAACAUCGAGGACAGCCCACUCGACGUGAUGCAAGAAGUGAUUCUGCCCGAUGUCGUCGCCGCCCACUUCUCUCCCAGUAAUUGUGCGCAUAUUGGCACCCGUGCUCGCGUGUUCGACGUCAUUGAUAGGCUGGCUCAAAAGCCCAUCGGGUUCUGGCUUGAUCUACUCCAGUGGCUCAUUGAUGAGCCCAUGUACCACGUCGCCAUGGUUCCAGAUGCUGAACUGAACAGCCAGCUGGAGGCAGAGCGCCAAGAGAUUGAGCUCAGUAAUGAGCAGUCUAUUGCCGACAAGAACGAGCAUACAAGAGAGAUCGAUGCAGCCGUUGAGGCGAAUAAGGUCAAUAUUUCUGACAAGCUGAAGUAUAGCAUCCCGAUUCCUGAUGCCUCGCGGAUCAGUGGACUGCCGCAUAACCACUCCGUGAUCAAGCUAGAUACCCCUGUCGGCCCAGCCAAGGUUGUUCAGCUGGUCGAGGUUGAUUCGGAAUUCCCUGAGUUCAAACUGCACGUCCCGCUCACUAACCUGCCUGAUGAGCUGCGUGCAUACCUUGUGCUCUUCCAGGAGCUACUUCUUGGGACCGACCUAGUCCUUCCAGCGGGUGUACCAUAUGGUGCUGAUGGAAGGGAGACAGAAACUGAGCAUCGGAUUGACUAUGUCGAGUUUGAUAACCACCUUGCCGACAUUACCACGCUCAACGGUGCGGCGAUUGGGUACCAAAACGAGAGGUUUUCAUGCAGCUGGCUCGACGAGCUGUUCAACAUUUACGUUCGUUCGCCACAGGACAAGCUGCAGGAGGCUACACAAAGCAUCAUCCACGCAAUGAUGUUUGCUGACUUCGCAGUCGAGCGUAUCCUGACAGUCGCGCAGAACUUACUCAGCGAGAUUGUUGAUCUAAAACGCAAUGGCGACCAGAUGGUGGUUCCAGUUACUACGCUUUUCACUACGCAGGACCGUGAAGGAUGCCCUCGUUGGAUCGACAACCACAUCAGUCUGUUUGAGCAGGAUCGCGUGCUUCGUAGAGUCAUCGAGGAGCUCAAGGCAGGAAACACGAGUGCUGUGGAGAAGCUGAACCUGAUCCAGGAGUUUGUUAUCAAUACCAGCGGCGGGUUCAUGUCGCUCAGCGCGCCACAGGGCCACAGAGAUACCAGCAUGGAGUUUAUUGGCGAGUUUGGUCGCAAGUGGCAGAACUGCUUUGAAAAGUUUGUGGGUCGGAAUCCCCGCAGCUCCCUAUGCAACGACGUUGACCUGUCCGCAUGCCCAUUCCCAUUCCCGCGUCACAUCAGGUUCCCUGAUCUAGCCAAGCCCCUGCGUGUGCAAGUCACAAUGCCCACUCUACAGGCAUCCAAUGUCCAGAUCUCAUUCCACUGCAACUUGUACCGUCAGCCAACCAGCACACGUCCAUUUGCCGAGCAGUUGGCGGAGCUUCCUGCCAUUGAUUUUUACGCGCUCGAAAUGCUAGUUGCCUUGCUCCAGCGCUCCGACGGCCCUCUGUACAAUGCGAUCCGAGGCAAGGGCUAUGCGUAUGGCGCAUUUUUCCAGCAGUAUAUGUGGACGGGCAUGCUCGCGUUCGACUGCAGCAGCGCCUCUGACGCUCCCAAAGCCAUCAUGGAAAUGCAGUCCCUUGUGGCCUCACUUGAUGAAGACUGGGGCGAGCAUGUCACCGACUUUGAAAUCAACAUGACUCGCUCGUCAAUCGUGUACAGCAAUGCCUCGUUGGAAUCCACGCCUGAUAGCGUUGUUGCCAACUGCAUUACAAGCAACAUUUGCGGCUUCGAAUCAGCGGCCAUGUAUGAUCUAUGGCGCAAAAAGCAUCUGGGCGCUGUCAAGCAGGAGGAUCUGCGCAGGGUAUAUGAGCUGUAUCUGAAGAAGUUUGCCGAUCCAGAGUUUCCCUCAGUAACUGUCAUUCUGACUCCUCCCGAGACAGAUCUGCCACCGGAGCUUGGCGAAUUCGAGCACAGGAUGUUGGAUGAUUUGUAAGAUGUGGCUGUUUUAUUUAUAGAUACUUCAAAUGGAUAGAUAUCAAACAACCACUAAUGUGGAUCACAGGUAUCCACAGAUACGACAUAAUGCAAAUACUUGGUAUGCAGCAUAGCUCUCUUGUGACGAAAGCCCAUCAAGAUUCGUCAGGUGGAAGAGAAAAGUGAUGAAAACAAAUGUGGAGUUGACGAAUAAGAAUAUAUAUGCUUUUGUUUUCGGAGGAAUCCAGAAUCCAAGGCCUAAUCGGACUCCAGUUUCGAUGGUUCUGGGGCUUUAGCUCAUCUGGGAGAGCGUAUGACUGAAGUUCAUAAGGCACCGUGUUCGAUCCACGGAAGCCCCACUACGGAUCUAUUUUUGCUCGCCAGAUCGCCA